GUGUGUGCUGGAGGUGGCAUGGCGGUGAUGGUGGCGGUGAUGGUGGUGGUGAUGGUGAUGGUGAGGGCGCAAAACGAGCAGGAGAACGAGUUUGGCUGUCAUUGUAUGGAGUAUUGGACCUGUAUCACAAGCGGAGGUCACCCAUACAGUUACUGUGGGCUGAGUGCCUCUAGUGUGUGUUGCUUCGUGCCUCUCAAUGCCAGUCCCAUCGGUAUCUUGCCUCUCCGAAACACCAAGAAGUCUUGUGGCACUAAAGGAGCAGACACCAAGAAGGAGGGCCAGGCAGAGAUGUCUGAGUGGCCCUGGCAGGCAGCCAUCUUGGAGCAGCCACAGGACUUGUACGUGUGUGGAGCGUCCUUGUUGGACGAAGCUUGGGUCCUUACUGCUGCUCACUGUGUUGAUGAUUACCUGGAGUAUGGUGAUCGUCUGCCUGGAGUGCUGAAGGUUCGCCUGGGAGAGUACGAUGUUAGUACUACAGCAGAGCCUCUUAAACACGAGGAAUUUCCUGUCACCCGUGUUGUUAUCCAUCCCCAGUUCAACAACGCGACGCUGGUGAACGACAUAGCACUGUUGCAGCUGGUUAAGUCAGCACGCAGGAAGGGCAACAUAGAUGCAGUGUGUAUGCCCAAGAAAAACGACUUUAUGGAAGGAGUGCCAGCCAGAUGCUAUGUUACAGGCUGGGGGCGUAAAGACGAGGCUGCGGACCACAGUGUAGUGUUGAAGGAGAUCAAUGUGCCAAUCUGGAGUAACCCAACCUGCCAGACUGCACUCAGAGAUCAGUUUGGUCCAGGCUACACUCUCCCUAGCACCGCCCUAUGUGCUGGAGCGGAGGGUCGUGAUGCCUGUGAUGGUGACGGUGGUGGCCCUCUGGUGUGUGAGAAGGACAAGCACUGGUACCAGGUCGGGGUGGUAAGCUUCGGUAUCGGCUGCGGGAGGAGGAACAUCCCUGGUGUGUACACCCGCGUCGACGCCUUCGAGGACUGGAUCAAGGAGACUAUUGGUGUCCACCAUCACCCGUAGACGUCACGAGAGGUCAACAGAGAUUAUUUGGUGGGAUUCGAGAGGACUGUUGGUAUAUACUAUCAGCCAAAGAGGAUCGGUAUAUGGGAGUACAUGGGACGUGCCAGUCCACACUGAGACUAUCUGCUGAGAGGAACUGUUUACUGCUGCUUAGAUUAAGGACCAUCAUGUGUUAUCUAAGUGUAUGAGGCAAUAAUGGAUGUCAUGGGCCAGGGGUCAGGAGAGAACAUGUGGGAAGAUCAAUCUGAACAAGAGGCAUAACAGGUCAUCUGAAUUCAUGAGGGGUUCAGCACCAUCCUGCAAAGAGUUCAAAUUUACCGAGGCGGGGGAGGAAGAGAGGAUCAAAAGGAAUGCAGUGGCAAGAAAGAGUAUCGGGGAAAGGGGUGUAAGAAAGGUCAUUACAAGGGUCAGCAGAAGACAACAAGCAAGAGAUGAAAAACACAUGCGAAGAAAUAUCCACAAGGAUACAAGCUACACCAAGCAGUGCAUCACUCACCUACACAGCCACCCACACCCUUUAUCCACGGUCAAUCACUAAACUCUCUGGAUACAUCUCGCCCAUUAUCUCAUGAAACGAAACAAGAUAGCAAUGCCUUUAAUACAGAGAGAGACAGACAGAAAUAGACAGAGAGAGAGAGAGAAUAAUUGGACUGUGGUACUUGACUGCAGAAGAGGUCAUUAACAAUCAAAUGGGAGAGAGGAGAGUCCUGCCUCCUCUCUAGGGAAAUUCCUUGAUGCCGGUGUAGGACUCUAGAUCCGAGGAACCGGAACUUCCCCUCUUAUAUGACUCACAAUGGACAGUGCUGUGACCUAAGUGGAUCUGACUUAAGCCAUGACUUUAGGUGCGCAGGCGCGUGUAUGUAUGUCUUCCAGGUCUCUCAGAGGAUUGCCGAAUCUGAGGUGUCAGGUGUGGGUUCUCAGGUGUGUAUCCUGUGCUUGAGAUACUGCUGUGUAUGUAUCAUUUCAGCGACUUACUGAUGUGUAUCCUCUUAACGACUUGCUGCAGUGUAUGUGUCUUCAUUAAGAGGGCCUAGUGGUACUAUGUAUCCUCUGGACCAGUGUUUCAUGUUAUUGUUGCAUGUAUGUAUCCUCUGGACCAGUGUUCCAUGUGUUACUGUUGUAUGUAUGUAUCCUCUGGGCCAGUGUUCCAUGUGUUACUGUUGCGUGUAUGUAUCCUCUGGACCAGUGUUCCAUGUGUUACUGUUGCGUGUGUGUAUCCUCUGGACCAGUGUUCCAUGUGUUACUGCUGUGUGUAUGUAUCUCCUGGACCAGUGUUCCAUGUGUUACUGCUGCGUAUAUGUAUCCUCUGGACCAGUGUUCCAUGUGUUACUGU